UUUCAAAAUCGGUCGUUCGGCUGGACACCUCCCUAAGCCGUCAAGUUCACCUUCCCGUUUGCUUUUCUUCUUUCCGAAAAGGCGUCGCAUUAGUCUGUACCUUCCUAAUUUCCACAGCCGCAGCUCGUUCACUUUCCGCACCCUCGAAGACUUCAAUUCCAGUCAUUACCUUGCCAGCCGUACGGGUACAAAUAAACUGUACACAUACUGCCAUUGUCCCCGGAUGUCCACUUGGAUUAUCGGUUUUGCCUCAGCAUUGAUAACCACCGGACACCCCUCAAUGGCUGAUCUCUAGGCUCGGUCGUGUCUUAAGGUGGUCUUUUCUUCGCAAUCGCUACUCUUGUCGUUCGUUAUUGCCUCCCUAUCCACUCAUUCUAUCCGCUUGGCCGUGGUGAAGGGCCUAUGCUAGAAGAGGAGGGCAUACAAGAUGAGGCAUAUUAACUUCACCGCCACCGCUGCUCUCUCAUGGCUUGUAUGCCAAUGCGCUGCUACUCCGACUUCCCGCCCCCGCAACCCAUUCAGCAAACCCCUCGACUCACCGACACUCGAUUCACGGCAAGCACAUGCAGUUGGGGACUUUGGGCCGUCAUUGGAACCGCAUAACAAGCGACAGACAACUAUCGCAGUUACAGGUGUCCCUGGAGAUACGCAACCACGAUUGGAAAUCCGGGAUUUGGAGCAAAAUAAGGAUCAGUGGAAUAUGUAUAUACUCGGGCUGAAGAAAAUGCAGGAGAGGGCAGAGAGUGAUCCGCUGUCGUGGUUUCGGAUCGCGAGCAUCCACGGUCGACCUGCAGUUGCGUGGAAUGACGUUGAAGGUCUCGGCGACUACGAAAACCCGGGAUAUUGUGCGCAUUCUUCCAAUCUGUUCCUAACAUGGCAUAGGCCGUAUAUUGCGUUAUAUGAGCAAGUCCUUGUCGCGUUUGCAAUCGAUGUUGCGCAAGAGUUUCCCGAAGGCCCUAUUAGGGACAGAUAUGAGCAGGCCGCCUCAUCACUUCGUGCGCCGUACCUGGAUUGGGCAAUGGAACAACGAACUGGGGGGAACGUUUUGCCGGACAGCGUGGCUUCUCCGACUAUAUCAGUCAUUACACCGGAUAAUAUAGGGUGGAACUCGACCAACACCACGACGACAUCGAUUAUCCCCAAUCCGCUGUACUCCUACCGUUUUCAUUCUGAAGAGGAUUUCGUGUAUACCAAGUAUAUCAAUUGGAAUUCCACGCUUCGCCAUCCUACCUCCGACAGUGCCAGCGCGACGAGUGACACUGAGCAGUUGCACUCAGCAUUAAACAGCAUGCGUCAGGGGCAGAAAGACCGCUUAUAUCUCCUGCUGACCCAAUCGUCCGAAUUCAACACUUUCAGCAAUGAGCAGUGGCAUCUUGGCGGCAGCAGUAGCCGGAAACCGGACACGGUCUAUGACAGCUUAGAGUCAUUGCACGAUAACUUUCACGGAGCCGUCGGUGGAAGAAACGCGGGUCAUAUGUCAAUCACCGACUAUUCCGCCUUUGAUCCGCUCUUCAUGCUUCACCACGUUAUGGUCGACCGCUGCUUUGCCAUCUGGCAAAUCCUUUAUCCCGAUAGUUAUGUGGAACCCAGGGCACAGGGGACAGGAAGUUUCUGGUUCCGCAAGGGCGACACUCUCGAUGCAGACACUGGCCUUAAGCCUUUUUACUCGCCCUCCGGUGAAUUUUGGACCUCCGAUACUACCCGCAGCACGGAUACGUUCAACUACUUCUACCCCCAAUUUCCCCCCGAAACGACCGCAUCGGAAGCGAAGGCCACCGUCAACACCCUUUACGGCCGGGGUCCCCCGCGUUCUGCCAGCAAUGAUGGCUUCCGAAGACGCGGGCCUGGCGAUCGGGGCGGAAUCGUCGGCGUGGCGCCAUAUUACCUUCCUACAUUCAAAACCAGCGGAUCGAAGGAGCCACAAUGGGACUAUGUCUUGACCAUCCGCGCGCCGAAGAAUGGUUUGGACCAGACCUAUUUCGUGGAUGUAUAUCUCGACAGCAAUGACGCGGACACGAGGGAUACGGAGACCCGUUCGGCGGAGGGCGGGCCGGAUUGGGUUGGCACGCAGGCAAUUAUCACGAGAUUAGGGACGGAGGAGAUGGAUAAUGUUUACGUUACGGCGGCCGUGGUGUUGACGAGGAAGCUGGCGGAGAAGAUCAUGAGUGGGGAGCUUGCCGGGCGUGAAGAGGCGGUGGUGACACGGUAUUUGAAGGAUCAUUUGCAGUGGAAGUUGAGGAAGUCUGAUGGGACGGAAAUUGCCCCAGAGAGCCUCGAAGGCCUCGAGAUCGGCGUCAUCUCUUCAGAAGUUGAACCCGAGACUUCAGCAUCCGAGUUCCCUCGGUGGAUAGGAGACAUCAAGAUCUAUGACGAGGUCACGAGCAAUCGUGCUGGUGGGUGGCGCCCAGGAUGAGGGCUAGAGGGUACCGUCUUCGAAGGAUAUGCGAAGAAUAGGGAAGGAUUGCGUGUUUGAUCGGCGCAACAGUGCUGGCUAGGCGAGAAGGGAUAGUACUGAAAGCGCAGGGCCAAGUGUGGGCAUUUGAGGAUAGUUUGCGAGGAGUGUAUCGUACUCUGUAAUUUUCGGGAGUUGUUUCAAUGUACCUAAUUCGAAGU